CGCCCCACCCAUCCGCCCCGCCUCCAACUCGCCCGAGCAGGGUUGGGCUAGACGGGCGCGCUCUGGGGGACAGGGGGGGCAGUCCCGGUCCCGGCCCUCCGCGCGGGUGGGCUUGGAGCAGGCCGCACCGGGCGGGAACCCCACUCCCACCCCGGAGGCCCCCUGCCCUUUCUCCCCCUUUCCCCCCGGCCCAUGGUGCGAGGCUGGGAGCCGCCGCCCGGGCCGGACCGCGCUAUCUCUGAAGGGCACAGAUCAGAGAGCACCAUGCCUCCUAAUAAAGAGGCCAGCAGUCUUAAUAGCUCCCCGGCGGGGCUCAUCUGCCUGCCUCCAAUCUCCGAGGAGCUACAGCUUGUGUGGACCCAAGCAGCCCAGACCAGUGAGCUGGAUGGCAAUGAACACUUGCUACAGACCUUCAGCUACUUCCCCUAUCCCAGUCUAGCAGACAUUGCCCUUCUCUGCUUACGCUAUGGGCUGCAGAUGGAGAAAGUCAAGACUUGGUUCAUGGCCCAGCGCCUCCGCUGUGGCAUUAGCUGGUCAUCUGAAGAAAUAGAAGAGACUCGAGCCCGAGUGGUGUACCAUCGGGACCAGCUCCAUUUCAAAUCCCUCCUCUCUUUUACUCAUCAUGCAGGGCGGCCCCCCGAGGAGGUGCCUCCUUCUCCAAUGCCACCUCCAGAACAAGUGGGUCUUGGGAUAGUGCCCCUGACUCUUAGUGAGUCCACCCAGAUGAAAGGAUUGAAGGUAGAGCCCGAGGAGUCCUCAGAGCUGCUGAGUCACCAGAAAGCAAAGGAACCCCUGAUGGCACCUGGCAGUGGGGCAUUCCCCCACCAAUCAGAUUUUUGGCAGGAUCUUCAAAGCAGUGGCUUCUCUAAGGAGCAGGCAGGCAGAGGUCCCAACCAGUCACGUGGCCUAGGCUCUGCUUCCUGGAAUCACUCCACAGCUGUCCACCAGUCACGUGCUCGGGAUAAGCCCCCACCAAUCUCACUACUUGCUAGUAGUUGUAAGCAGGAGUCAUCAUCUAAUACGACUCCUCCUCCUUCCUCUGCCUCUUCUUCCACUUUCCCGGUACUGGCUAAUGGAGCUCCUGCCACCUCUAGACCCCUCCAGUCACUGGGCUGUAUUUCACAGCCACUGUCCCCCAAUGAACAGGCACUGCCCCCACAUUUGGAGCCAGCCUGGCCCCAGGGGCUAAGACAUAACUCAGUACCAGGUAGGGUUGGCCCUGCAGACUACCUUUCCCCAGAUAUGCAACGCCAGCGAAAGACCAAGCGCAAAACCAAAGAGCAGCUGGCUAUCCUCAAAUCUUUUUUUUUACAGUGCCAAUGGGCACGGCGUGAGGAUUACCAUAAAUUAGAACAGAUCACUGGUUUACCUCGGCCUGAGAUCAUUCAGUGGUUUGGUGACACACGCUAUGCCUUGAAGCAUGGGCAACUAAAAUGGUUUCGGGACAACGCUGUACCUGGUGCCCCUAGUUUCCAGGACCCAGCAAUUCCCACACCCCCACCUUCAACCCGCUCCUUGAAUGAAUGGGCUGAGACACCAUCUCUGCCGAACCCCCCACCCCCACCGGAUAUACGACCCCUGGAGAGGUACUGGGCAGCCCACCAACAGCUACGGGAAAGUGAUAUCCCUCAACUGAGUCAGGCAUCAAGGCUUAGCACCCAGCAGGUUCUGGAUUGGUUUGACUCUCGAUUACCUGAGCCAGCUGAGGUGGUGGUUUGUCUAGAUGAAGAGGAGGAAGAGGAGGAGGAAGAACUGCCAGAAGAUGACGAGGAUGAAGAGGAGGAGGAGGAGGAUGAGGAGGACGAUGACGAUGUGAUCAUACAGGACUGAGUCGAGGGGACUAGGGGAGGGAAGGUCUGUUACUAAAAGAUGAACCAACUUAGUAACUGUUUAAACAAAGAAACCACAUUUUUUUAAAUUACCUUGUGGCAAAGAACUGAAAAACUGUGUUCUUGAGGUUGGGGGAUCGGGGAUGUAGUGAGGGUGGACCAGGGAGGAUGACCAUAGGACCCAAAGAGAGGUGGGGACUGGAUGAGCAGAAAUCAGCCCUCUCGUCUCAAUGAAGAGAGUGCUAAGGAUCUGGUCUGAGCCGUGGGCUGGGAAAAGGCAUUUGCCCUCUUCAUGUCUGCUGUUGUUUUCCCUUAGUGUACUAUGGAGAGGCCAGUCCUUGGCCCCGUAUCUACCGGAGGAUUGGAAAGGAGGAGUAAAGAAUUUUUAUUCAAUUGAUGAUUCCAGUGCAUCCCCCAGUCCCACCAUUUCCCCUGGAAUGUAAGGCUGCCUCACACCCCUUUUCUUUCUGAGCACAAGUCCAUGCAUAAUACAGCUAAGAGUCUUAGUAUGUCCCAGUCUCAUCACAAGUCUUUCUUAACGCACACCAACUUGACUCUAUGUUUUACCUUCGUUGUUACUGAGUUGCACAGGUAGCAGAAUGUUUUCAUUUCUGAUACUGGGACCAUUUUGCCUUGUCCUUUUUUUAUCUUUUUCCAAAAUCCCCAUUCUGUUCACUAUUUGUCUCAGGGUAAAUCUUCCCCAUGGAGCUUGUGAAAAGUUUAAUAAUUGGGUGGAGAAUAAUUUAGACUGGAUAUUUAUUGGAUGUGGGAAUUAGGGGAAAUGUCCUUUUAAAAAGUAGAGUUAGGUUACAGAGGGAUAGAGGAGAGGGAUGGUUUCUACUUUUCGGAAGGUGGGUGCAGGUAGGUUCCAGGUUUGGUUUUACAAACCUGAAAUUCCCUCCUGCCUAGCUUGACAGAGACUAAUUUUUCAUCUUUUUUGGUGUUGGUUCAAUUUGUGUCUGUAAUUGAGACUUUCUCCUCUAUAGGAUCUGUCUUGGGGACAGAGGGACUCUGGUCUUUAACUGAAUUGAUUAUUGAUGUUUUAGAAUGGUUUUCAUCAGAUGGAGUCAGAUAUAAAGAUAACAGUGGGUUAACCAUCUAGAAAUAAGAGUGGAAGCCCCAUAUUGCUAGAAUAAUAAUAAAAGGCCACAAAUAAAAUUGUUUCUCUCUCCUC